UGUCAGCAGAGGUCGGGCAGCAAGCAUGCCACCACGCCUGCAGAUAACUACUACCUGGCUCGGAGGAGGACUCUGCAAGUGGUGGUCAGCUCCUUGCUCACCGAAGCCGGCUUUGAGAGCGCUGAAAAGGCUGCGGUGGAGACGCUAACAGAGAUGUUACAGAGCUAUAUUUCUGAAAUUGGAAGGAGCGCAAAAUCCUACUGUGAACAUACAGCAAGAACGCAACCUACCCUCUCUGAUAUAGUGGUUACUCUAGUGGAAAUGGGGUUCAAUGUUGAAACGCUUCCUGCGUAUGCCAAGCGCUCCCAGAGGAUGGUCAUCACUGCCCCUCCUGUGACAAAUCAGCCUGUGACUCCCAAAGCCCUGACAGCUGGACAGAACAAGCCACACCCUUCCCACAUUCCUGGCCAUUUCCCUGAGUUCCCGGAUCCUCACACUUACAUCAAGACACCAACAUACCGGGAGCCGGUUUCUGAUUACCAAGUCCUGCGGGAAAAGGCAGCAUCUCAACGUCGCGAUGUAGAAAGAGCUCUCACGCGUUUUAUGGCCAAGACGGGAGAAACACAGAGUCUCUUCAAGGAUGAUGUUAGCACGUUCCCGUUGAUUGCUGCCAGGCCUUUCACUGUACCCUACCUGACAGCUCUUCUCCCCUCUGAGCUGGAAAUGCAGCAGAUGGAAGAAACCGAUUCAUCUGAGCAAGACGACCAGACAGACACCGAGAACCUCCCCCUGCACAUGAGCACGGAUGAUUCAGGACCUGAAAAGGAGAAUGCUUCAGUGUUACAGCAGAAUUCCUCCCUGUCAGGCAGUCGGAAUGGGGAAGAAAACAUGAUAGACAAUCCCUACCUCCGGCCGGUGAAAAAGCCCAAGAUCCGCAGAAAGAAGUGA